GAGUGUGGUUCCGGUGGGGUCGAUCACCAACGGUGUGUUCGUGCCUUUACGUUACUAUCGAACUAUACUCGCGAGUGUAACGAACGUUUGAGAAGACGUUUCGCGCCAAAAACGUAUUCCAAAGUUUAAAAUUUGUUUUGCAAAUGUCUAUGCGAUUUUUAAUAAAAUUAUGUAAAUAAUGUUUAUAAGUUAUUAGUAUUUUUGUUAACAGCCUAUUGAUAAAAAGUAUGUGUUUUAAUAUUUUAUUGUAUCAAUAAAAUGUGAUAUUCGGUUUUAUGAUUAAAAACAAACAUUGCUUGUUGUGUUCAGUGAACUACAUUUAAAAACAAUUAAAAAUGGAGUUAAAAUGGGACUGUCUUCUACACGUUUUAGUGAUUUUAUUUUCAACGAAAAAAAUCCAUGCCGUUCAGAGGUUUGUCGAGAUGCCAUCGUAUACGGAGGUGAAUCCAGGGGAGGACGCUUUACUCAAGUGUCGGAUAUCAGAGAAGAGAGGUGUUUGUUCCUGGCAAAAAGAUAAUAAGCCCGUAGGCAUCUACCGUGGUAAAUAUGAGUGGGCAAACGAGAACAGUCCCGUCGGGGGAGACUGCUCGCUUUGGGUACGCGCUGCGACACUUCAGCUUGAUGAUGGUCAAUGGCAGUGUCAAGUUACUGCCAGUAAUUAUGACGUGCAGGACGCCUUAUCAAGUCCACCAGCUCCUUUAGCAGUUCGAGUGCCUCCACAGUCUCCGAGGAUCCUAUUCAACGGCUCCCACGUGCUACCAGGCCAAAAUAUCACAGUCCCAGCGGGGUCCAGGGCGACAGUCGUCUGUGAAGCCAGAUACGGCAAUCCACCUGCAUAUAUCGAGUGGUAUUUAGAAAAGGAACGCCUCACAGCUUGGAGUCAAACCAAUGCUUCAGAAGUGGAGCGACCUCGGGUUUGGGCGGCAAGAUCCGUGUUGGAACUCGGAGCGACGCGUUCGGCUCACGGCCGGACUUUGGCUUGUAGGGCGCAUCACCCUUCAUACCCGGCGCCGUACUACCGGGACUCCUACACGAUGCUGGAUGUCACUUAUGCUCCUGUGGUUUCCAUAAACGGCGCCGACGCGAGCACCCUGGCCAAUCUGGAGGAAGGUUCCAGUGCUCUAUCUCUGGAGUGCAGGGCCAACGGGAACCCUAGCCCUUACGUGUGGUGGACUAGGAACGGACAAGUCAUACCCACAAAUGGCCCAAAACUGAUCCUGGCUCCUAUAGUCAGGAAUCAUUCAGGUAUCUAUGGAUGCCAAGCCCGAAAUUCCGCCGGGACCUCCGACUCGGUGAAAAUUGAAAUUGAUGUUAAAUAUCCACCUCGGGUCACUUGGGUCGGGCCGGACACAGUGGUGGAAGCCAAUCUCUUCUCGCAAAUCACUUUGGAGUGCAAAGCCGAGGGGAACCCGCUACCUUCUUACCAGUGGUACCACAGCCCGGGGGGCGCGGCCCGCAUCAACGACGCGCAGGAGGAGGGCGUCCCCGUGUCCUCCACGCCGCAGCUGCAGCUGCACAACGUGUCGUACGCGCAGCACGGCCGCUACACCUGCGUCGCCUCCAACCGCAUCGGCCUUCAGGAUAGGAGGCACCAGUCGGAGGCGAUCCGCGUGAACGUGCUGGGUCCGCCGGUGGGGGAGGCGCGGGGGGCGGCGCACGCGUGGCGGGGGGCCGCCGUCCGCCUGCACGCCGCCCUGUGCGCCGACCCGCCGCCGCGCCGCGCCGUCUGGACCUGGGGCAGUCUGCGCCUCGACGUGCCCGGGGAACUAGGUCGUUUUAGUUCGCUGGAACCGUCUUCCGAGAACGGCUGCUACCGGUACACGCUGCUCGUGUCCAAUGUGGCGCCGGACGACGCCCGGGCCUACGUGCUGCGCGUCGAGAACGAGCGCGGCUCCUCCACGCACGCCGUGGCGCUCACGGUGCACGAUAAUUUUUCGCUAACAGAGACGUCGCACGCGGCCCCGCUCGCGGCCGCCGCGCUGGUCUCCGCGGCGCUGCUGGUGCUCGUGCUGUGCCUCGUCGUCAGGUGCAGGAGGAGGAGAGAAAGCGUCGAGUACAAGACUGAUGACUUAAAUAGCGAGAAGACCGUGCUCCCAGCGGACGCGGUGUACACGCCGCGCGUCCCUGCGAGCCCCCCCGUCCCCCCGAGCGUGGCGGGUCCCCCCGGCCCCCCGGGCGCGGCGGUCCCCCGAGCGGCGACGGGGGGCCGGUACUCCCCGGGCGCGCUGCAGGUCCGGCGCGCGGCCGUGGUGCUGCAGCCGCCCACCACCGUGUGAUCUGCACAGGCAGCACUUUCGUCGCUGGAAAAACAAGCCAAAGAUAACGUGUACGCGGUACUAGAUCCGCAUAUACAAUACGAAAUAACAAUAAACAAGCUCGGAGAACCGCCGAGGCAUU